UUGACUUAUUUAGGGCACAGAAAGUAAACAAAUGUCUGUUGGGGACGAAAUGUUUUAUUUUUUGUGUGAUUCCAGACGUCGAGCAAUGAUUUUCGAGGGCCUCCGCGAACAACAUCCUCGUUUAUAAAUGUGCGCUCUUUGUCUGUAGUUUUGAACGUCGUCCGCGAUGCAAGUGGCCAAGGAGAACAAAUGGCAGCUGGAAAUCUUAAUGGAAAAACUGCGCUCCAAGGCGGCGCAAUUUAAACCGUUGCCUGAGAUUUCCAAGAACGUGCGGAUGACCCUUUUGGAGAAAAGGUACGCGUUGGACAGCGUCGAAAAGAGCCAACACCAGAAGUGUCUCGACACAUUGCAACAUUCGAUAAAAGUCAAAUGUCUGCAGAGCAUGAUAGAGAGGCUGGAAAGCCUCACCAGGCAAUUGGGGUUGAGGUUCGUCGUCGAGUCCACGGGCGUGUUCAUCUUCUCCGACAUGUUUUACUUGGAAAUCGUCCUGGAGGCGUCGGGCGUCGUCAAAGACGUCAAGAUCCACCACGAGGGCAAAGCGGAGCCCCAGAGUUGCGCGGAACUCGUCGCUUGUCUCUCGCGCGGCGACUUCGCCGAUUUCACCGCCCAACUCGAGGGUUUCGUCUCCAUUUACCAGCUGAACGCCGAGAAAAAGGUAAAAUCGAAAGCGUUCACCGCGCUGGAGUCGCUCGAGGCCGAUCUCAGCGCCCUCUCGCAGCUCCAAAUGUUCAUCAAGGAGCCGUUCAAUUUGCUCCACAAAAGUCCGGUCGGUUUGUUGGAGAAACGAAGGGGCGGGCAUCCCAUGAAACUCACUUAUUUCGUCUCCCCUUACGAACUGAUCGACGUCGAACGGGGCGAUCUCGAUCCGAUCAACAUAGACGCGAUACUAUCGAAAGGGUUGGGCCACGGGGUGACGGUUUGCAUGGAGGGUUCGGCCGCGCACAAACUGCAAACCACGACGCUGAUAACGGUGACGAGGGGCGGAGCUAAAAGUACGCCCUCUUACUCGCCGUUGACCGGGGCCAACAGCGCCGUGAUUCCGGCCUGUCUCGUCCUCAAAUUAAACAGGCCGAUGCCCGUGUGCGUGGGCCUCGUCAAACGACUGCAACAGAUAGAGGCGUGGCCGAACGAGAUGGAUUCCGCGCAACAGAGGCCGCGGCCGUUGCUCGAUCUCGUCGUUGCUCACGUUAGCGACGGUAAACUGAGCUGCGCGAACAAUCGCGGCUUGUUCGUCACCUUGCCCGACCAGACUCACUGCUAUUUCAUGACGGAAAAUAAAAAUAUGGUCGGCACGGUGGUGGCGAGCGUGCCGUUCACGCAUCCCGCGGACGUCGCCCGGAUUUUGGCGAUCCUGCGCGAGCAGGCGCUCUUCAACACCGUGGUCGGUAGCUGUGUGAGACCGCACAGCAGGCAAGACUUCGAGAACAUGACAAUGUUCGAGAUCAGCGCCCUGUCUUCGACCCAGAUCUCGAUCUCGCUCGAGCACCCUCUGGAAGAGAGUAUGGCCACCGCGGACAUCGACCUGUCGGACAUCUCCAACUUGGUGUGUCGCAUACACAACCCGGGAGCCCCGUCGCCGGGAGGCGGCAACGCCCCCGACCCCAUUUCGGAACUCGCGACCAAAGUGCUCAACAAGAGUUUCUCCAUACCGAUCACGAUAAGGGCGGUAACCAAGAUGUGGGAGAAACAGGCGAGCCGACGCGCUCUGUAUUCGGGGGGCCACGAAAAUUUUAACUUGCCCCUGGGCUCCCUGGACCCCGGCGGGCAGAAAGGGCCCGAACCCGAUACGGACUACGGCGGGUUCAACGACAAGAUCAAGCAGGAACCGGGCGGUCACGUGCCGAACCACGGUACCCAACACGGCGCCAUGAUGAUCGAGGAACAACACGCAGUGGUGUGGAACGACCCGAUGAUGGGGUCGAAUUUUCAACAGAUCCCACCUUCCGAGGGGGCCGCGGAGUUGCCCGACGCGUGGGCGGAUUCCUCGAGGGGCGCGAAACGAAGAGCCGACGAGGAAUUGUGGCGGGAGGGCAAACGGAAGGUGGGAGACGGCGGCGACGAUCCGGAACUGCUGGCGGAGACGUCGAGCAGCGAUUCGGUGUCGAGGAGUACCCCGUUGUCGCAAGAGACGGACGUGACGACGCCGAAUUCUGGGUUGCACAGUGACGUCGAACUGUCAGACGCUGCGGCGGACAAGGAGGCACGCGAUUUUGAGGGCUGCGUCGACGUCGACGACAUGAUGGACGAGCUGUCGAACGCUUCGGAGAACGAGAGGACGAUCAAGGCGACGGAAAAGUGCGCGGAAGAUGGCGCGGGAUCUAAAUUGGACGAGAAGACUUUGGCGGUGGCGAGCGUGAGCAUAACGGCGAUAGUGGGCGGCGAGGCCCCGCCCGGCAUCGAGAUAUUUCCCGUGUCGCGGUCGCCGAGCGGGGGCGGCGGCGUCGCGGUCGCGGCCCCGCCCACCGGCUCGGUGACCAUCACUCCCGUCGCCAAGUGUCCGGACGACAAGCGGCCGAAAAAGAGCGGCAGCCGCGGCGGCCGGGACGACAAGGGGCGGCCCGAGAAGAAGCGGAAGCGGCGCGGCGAGGAUGGCUCGACCGUGAUGGGCCCGCCCCCUUCUAAAGCCGACUCGUCCUCCGCCGCCGCCGGCAAGCAUUCGGGCGGCAAGCCGAGCAUGAGCGCGCUGAAGAGCACGGCGGGGGCGGCGUCGACGAAAUCGGGCGGUCCGGCGUCGGAUAAAACGGGGGGCAAGUCGAGCAGGGACAAGGACCGCCCCCGCACGGUAUUCGGCGUCGGCAACGCGGUCGCGAAAAGCAAACCGCCGACGGACGGGAGCGGCGACGCGCCGCCCGCGCAGCAGGACAAUGCGACGUCGCCCGGGGGCGGCGUCGACCCCAAGGCCAACCCCAAUCAGCUGCGGAACCGCAAGGGCUCCCUAUCCGCCAUCGUUGACAAGCUGAAGCAGCACUUCGACGCCGCGGAUCUCGUCGCGGCGGCGGGCGUCGUCGACAAAGACCAAUCGGGGGCGGCGACCGUCAAAGCCGCCGCCGCCGCCGCGAUGAAAAACCCGGAGUACAUGGUGAAGCCGAGCUCGGACGGCAUGAAGCUGACGAUCAACAAGACGCGGACGAAGGAAAACAAGGGUGGCGGCGGCGGUGGAGGAGCGGGGGCGGUUUCGUUUCCUUCGUCGGGCACGGGGUCGCCUAAAAUACACACCGGUCUAAAGCCGGGCGUCAACAGCGGCCCCGCCUCGAAGAAGCCGCAGCAGCAGAUGCAGAAAGGGGGCGGGGCGUCGGUCGCGCGACCUCCGGUCGUCAAACCGGGCGGCUCCGCCUCCGCGUCUAAGCCGUCGCCGAUCAACAAUUACGCGUCCGGUGGCAAAACGUCCAAUAGCGUCGCGAAAACGACCCCCAAGACGAUCCAGGGGUCGCCGAAAUUGGGCUCAGGCCAAGGGCCGCCCAAGGACAGGUCCGCGAAGCCGGGCAAAGGGUCGGCGCCCGAGAAGUCGAUCUUCGCGACGAUGAAAGAACGGGGCAAGUCGAGUCCGACGCCCAACGACGUCGAGAACAGUUUCAAGGGACAGCCCAAGGUCGACCCGUACGCGUCCGCUCUCGUCAUGGAGGGCAUGAUGAAGACGCUGGACAAGAAUUUCCAAAUACCGAAGCUGUCGGCGAGGGCGACGGCCGUCGACGACAAGAAGAAGGCGGACGCGGGGCUGCGGGGCCCCGCCACCACCGUCGACACCAAGAUCUUCGACAUGGUGACGAAGAACGACAUCGUCGUGCAAAAGUUCCCGCUGGUCAUACCGGCGAUGAACUCGCUCGAGCAAAAGUUCCGCAAUAACCUGCACACGGUGCUCGGGUCCGGGUCGAAGCUCAAGGAAGAGCACGAAGGUUCGUCGAAUUGAAGAUGAGGACGGCAGCCGACGAUGCCUCACUGUGGCAACUGUAUUCCGAAUAAACUAGUUUUGCAUA